UUGUAGUAGUGUGCUGCGUUUGGCUCAACCCUCCAGUGACUGCCGUGAAAGUAACCACUGAUGACGACAGCGCGUAAAUCAGCAGCUGGAAACGAGAGGCACUCUGGCUGCGCGGUUUGAACGGUGGACACAGGUGCCUCCCGACACACUCUCACCAGCUCCACAUCCAAGAGACUGGAAAGCGUCUGCACACGUUCUCAGUUGGAUGGUGAUUUUCUAAAAACAUGAGCCGAAUGCUCUGCUGUUCUCGCGUCGUUCCAGCGUGGUAAACUUUACAAGCUAAUGAGUCAAAUUUGAACACUUAAAAGUGCCAAAAGAGGCAGAACAAUGAAUUCACUGGAGAUGUCUACGACGUAUCAGAGCUCCCCGGCGCCUAACCAAAGCUACCUUCCAACUACCGCCACCUACGACACGCCAGACCCCUCCGGGAUGGAGAGGCAAAUCCGCCUGCUGCUUUUCGGUUUGUGCGUAACCAUCGCUGCUGUAACGUUAGUUGGAGGUGUGUAUUCGCUGCUGUCUGUCCUCCGGAUGAGGAAAAAAACCUCCCUGUGUGUCAUUGUGGCUUCCAUGUCGGUGGACGACCUGCUCAGUUUGGUCCCACUCGCUUUAUUCAUGCUCCUUCAGUGGGAAGCAAAUGGAGGUGAAGGGUCGGGCAGCCUGUGCACUUUAUCUGGACUUCUGUACGUGUUCCAAGGUGUUUCGAGCAAUAUGAAGGCUUGCCUUAUAGCAGCCUACACUUUUUAUGUCACCAAGAGAUUCGGAGUGCUUCAAUCUGUGCGCCGGCCACUGAGAGUAAUGUGGGCUAUUGCCGGUGUGUGGGCGGUCAGCCUGGCCGUCAGUGUCCUACCUUUAUGCGGAUGGGGAAGCUUUACGCCGGCCUCUCUCGGGUGUUUCCCAGAGAGCGACAGUUUUUACAUUUUGCUGCUCUUCUCUUUAUAUUUUCUGUGUUUUUGCGGCUUGUUAUUUUUCUUUAUUCCCCUCACUUACCAGCUGCUUUGCUCCAGGGAGCCCCAAAGGACUUUAUUGUACCCCAGCUAUCUGGAAAUGGCAAGAGGAUUGAGUGGGACCGCUCCUCUCUGUGAUCUCCAGUCCUUUUCCCGGGAUAGCCUGAAUAAAAGUUUCGGGGCGUACAACGAACUGAGUCCAAGUUCGUGCGGGACAGAGCUCAGGGAGAAAGAGGACAGCAGUUUGUCCCCAGUAUCUGCCAGUGAUCAAAGGACAGCUACUGUCGGGGAUACGCCUGUGGUGUUUGCACAAAAGCGCUUCUCUAUGAUCCUGGCGGUUGUCAGAGUUAUUUUAUGGAUGCCAAUGAUGACUUUGGUACUGGUGCGCCACGCAAUCAAUGCACGCAGCUCCUCCCUGGAGACUUUGAGCUUCUUUCUCACUCUGCUUGCGCCUGCGGUCACUCCGUUAUUCAUGCUUUCUGAGCGCUGGAUCCACAUGCCAUGUGGCUGCUUCAUUAACUGCAAGCGGGAACCAACACCAGAACCCUCAGUGAUGAAAAGAAGAUUUAAGUUCAACCUUUCCUUCCAACAAGGCUACGGAGUGUACAAGUUGUCACAUGCCACCAUGUCACAUAACAGUCCUCCCAUUGAGAAGCCUGCUUAUCACAGCCUUUUUAACUGUGACUUCCCUAAUGCCCGUCAUGAUGUGCUUGAAAGUGGUGCACUCUGUAGGCUGGGGCCCAAUUUUGAUUUCAGCACCACAUGCCCAGUGGACAGCUCCUCUCAUGCAGAUCUUCUAUUGGAAGCAGUGGCUGGUGGAGGGGAGGCACUGGCUGAUUGUGCUCCACUUCCCCAUGAGAACCAUGGGAAUGAUGAGAAAUUCCGCUGUGUCCCUUCGCUGGCUUCUCAUCACCGGGAACAGGAUCAUAGUCUCACUGACACGUCAUCAGUGUUUGAGGGGCCUGAGAGGAGGCUUUCACAUGAGGAGUGUCGGAAAAUCGAGCUGACAGACUGGGAGUGGUGCAGGAGUAAAUCCGAGAGAACACCCAGACAGCGAUCAUCAGGUGGUCUAUCAAUUCCCCUGUGCGCCUUUCAGGGAACUGUAUCUUUACAAGCACCUACAGGGAAGACACUGUCUCUCUCCACCUACGAGGUCAGCAGUGAUGGUCGAAAGAUCUCCCCGAACAAUGCCAAAAAGGUGGAAGUUUAUCGUUCGAAGUCAGUUGGCCAUGAGCCCAGUGCAGACGAAACAGCAUCCAGAGGCCAGGGUGGAGAUGUGAACGCCAGCUGUGUAGGAAUGGGGAUGGAGAUUGGAAUGGAGAUGGGGAUUGGAGCUGGGGUUGGGGACACUAAUGUCAAGAUCCAUCUUGAAGUUUUGGAAAUUUGUGACAAUGAAGAGGCAAUGGACAGCGUCUCUAUCAUAUCUAACAUCAGUCAGUCCUCCACCCAUGCCCGCUCGCCAUCACUUCGUUACUCCCGAAGGGAGAAUCGCUUUGUCUCCUGUGACCUGGGUGAGACUGCUUCUUACUCCCUGCUCAUCCCCAGCAGUGGCACCACAGAAGCAGAGACCAUAAAUAUCACUAUACCUGACACUGUGGAGGCUCAUCGGCAGAACAGCCGACGCCAGACACAGGAGAGCUCGGGGUAUCAUGAGGAGAUACAGCUGCUCAAUGAGGCCUAUAGAAAGCAAGCUGGGGAGAGGGAAGAGUGACAUACAUACAGAAUAAUAAUAAGGUGGCUCUCUGGAGGAGGUUGAAAAAGCACCUCAGACAGUAAAGGCUGUGAGACAAAUUUCCUAAUCAUUCCACAUUUACUUCUUUCUGAUCACCACUCUAACAGAGUUGACAGGUGACCCAAAUAGAGGCUUAGCUGAAGACCGUAAUAGUCUGUUUGCCUACUCUUGUACUUCCUCUUUAGCUAAUAUCAGGGGAGCACAUUUACUGCCUAUAUGUAGAGUACACAGAGAUAGAUUAGACUGUAAAAUGAUAUAUAUUGUAAAUCGAGUGGAACACAGACCUAUAUCAAAUGGACAGUAGAAGAGAAUCAGUAUUUUAGCAGUGCAUCUGCUUGUUAUCAUAGAAGAAGCAGGUAGAAGAAAAAAAUCACAGAUGUAAAGGAGGAAAAAAGGACCAAGGUGUGAUCACGUGUCUGACAUGAAACAGCUCCAGCAGACUACGUCACUGGUGACUCAGCUGUGAGGCGAGGGGUCACCUGACCCAUGUGUCUGACUCAUCUGAGCAUGUGUUGUGCAUUUUAGUAUCUGUGCCCAUAGAGAUGAGGUUAUAUGUUUGAGAGCAUUGAUCUGUGAUGUCAGUUAACAAAAAUCUUCACAUGCUUACCGUGAAAAAAAAUGUGUUUAUUCUGCAUAUAUUUCUUUGAAUUGUUUCAUUUUCACCCAGCUACAAUGUCUAAAAUGUCUAUCUGCUAUCUAAUCUGGGGCUGGGAGGGUAGGGUGGAUCCACCAUCACUGUUUAGGAAGUAAAACAAGAAGAGGUGAAGCAAGCAUUUUUUUUUGUUUUGUUACUUAUGCAGAACAGUUUUCUGCCUUGCACAUAUUUAGUGCAAUUUAAAUGAGUGACUGUGCAUAUUUUACCACAGCAGGCAGCAUAUGAAUGUACAUUCCAGAACCACUUCGGGGGAUCAUCUGUCUGCCCGCUCGGUUUGCUUCCCAUCCAAUCGGUGAGCCACACGGACCUCUUACUUUCCAUCUAAUACAUGCAUAAAUUCAGGACUGGAGUAAAAUUUUCAUAGAUGGGAUUGUGUAAAUCAGUAUUGUUUGAAAGGGGUUAAGAAUGUCUUUCUGAAUCAUAUAAAUCUUCAUUCUCUCAGAUGACAUCAUUAUUUAUAUGCACAUAUACAUGUAUUUGUGUGUACAAAAAACAGUAGAACUGGUAUUGAAGACUAAUUUUAAAGUAUAUAUGUAUUUAUGUUUGUUUUAUGGUGGUGUCUUCUAUAUGUUAGCUGUUUGGUUUUUUGAACUUCAACACAACAUUGGCACAGCGAGGACUUCAUUUGCAAGCUUUUGAAUUGUUCUUUAGGGAGUCCCAGCCAUCAGCCUCAAUGUCUCCCAUCCUCCUGAAGACUGUUUUCAUUAAAGAUUCAUACAAGAAAAUUGCCUCCAACAGUACUGCGAUGCAUUCCUAGCUCAAGCGCUCCUAGGCAAAAUGUGAGAGUAAAUACUGUACAGGCAUAUGAAUCGUGAUGAAUGUAACACUGUAUUCAAUGUCAACCAUUUCAACUGUUAAUGGUGCCAAAGGUUUUUAGCUGAGCAGUGCUCCGUCUUUCCAGCUUAACAGCGUGCAUGUGAUUCCAUUAUGUGUUUGUUCUCAUUGUUAAACUACAGCUCAGCUUCUGGUCCAGAAUUUUCAUAAAUUCAGCAAGUAAUUGUUAUUUGUCUUGUUAUUAAGAAUUCUGAGUUGCACAUCAGCUGCACCAGUGUUUGCAUGUUUAUUCAUUCAUGUCAACCAUCUGGAGCUAUUUGGUAACACACAGUUUGGAUUCAAAUUGAAUUAUUUACCACAAAUUAAAAGGCAAAUAAAGUGCAAUAGUUAGCUACUUUGGAGAGUGACCUAUAUAAUAUGUAACAUCAUUGGUUGCUGUGCCCCUAGGGUAGGAAUGUGACUAAUCCACAACAGCUGUAUGAUGUCUUUAUUCUGCUCAGUGUUCAAGACGGCAGAAAAUCAGCAUCAACAAACAUAUUUCCUUUAUAAGCUAUUUCAUAGGCAAAAUUCAGAAAUUGCUCAUUAUAUAUUAUCUGUGUACAGCUAACAGUUAUUUUGAAACCAAAUGACAAGAUAGUAGGAGAAAAUUUAAGAGAACUGCAUGAGGCUGCAAAAGCAUAACGUAAAAAAAAACAAAACAAAACUGCAAUAUCAGAAACCUUGACCAGAAGCUAUUCCUGAUGUUUUCAUCAGUUCUCUCUGAUUCAAGGACUUUCACCUCCCACUCACAACCUCACUGAUUAUGCUGAAACAAUAAGGUGCAGGUAAGCCUGCAUCAAAAUGCAGCAUCAGUGGCACUGUGUGAGACCUCUAGUACAAUAUGUGCACCUCUAAAGAGCACAGCACGAUUUCUGAAAAUGUAAAAAUCCAGAAGGAGAUAAAAUCACUAUAUUAAAACCUGAGGCUUUUUAUUGGAGGUUUUUGAAAUUCAUCUGGUCAGGGAUUGCUUGUAUGGAUUACAGCUAGCCCCUAGGGUAACAAACAUGGUGUAUAUAUGAGCUGUGCACCUGCAACAGUGCUGAAAGGUUCAGGGAAUGGAGGCUUGGAGCAUAUGAAACAGUGCUUUCUUCUUUCAUGUCAUUUGCUUUCCACAAUCCCUCUACUGCUCAAAAGGCUUUACUCCCAGUAUGUUUUUUAAUACCUUCCCCCAAGUUUGGCAGUAUUUUUUUCUGUAUCAUUUUCUCCCUGACAUCCCUUCAUUUUGAAUCCCCCAUCUGUUCUCUUUAGAGUACCCAGCAGAGAUAUUGAUAGUACUCACAGAGUUCAAAAUAAUGACAAAGAUAAAAGAAUUGGCAGCUGAAGCAAAAACAUGAGUCACUCCCAACUUAAAGUUUACCUGAUCACUGUGGAUUUAUUUUCUUUUUUAAUGCCCACAGACACAACCGAAUAUAUUUCUGUCAAAGCUGAACAGGGAGCCUUUGUACAAGCAGGUCCAGUUAGGGAUUUAAUGAGAUGUACUUGAUGAAAAUGAGAUUCUCAAAUACAAACUGAAAAUAAGAUUUUACAUAAAUUAGUCUUUCACACCAAACUGAUAAUAAAUCAUUUCAUCGUGACAAAUCACUAUUCUCUGCUCUGGGAAACUGUCUUCUUUCAAAUGCAUCUCCUUAAUAACAAAAUAGCUGAAUGUGGAAGUACUGUGUAAGUAUUCAUUUCACUGAUUAUAAAAGGAAAUGUCUUUGAUGGUUCUGAUGAUCACAGUGGGCGUGAAAAGAAAAAUUUAAUUUAAAAGUGGCAGUGCAUGAUAUUUCCUGACAGGAACAGAAAGAUUAAGGGUGGGAUCUACCCUGUCACCUCCCAUGAACAUCCUGCACAAAUCUUUCACACCACUCUUUCUACUCUCUCAUCUGUGAAAUGUGCUUCAUGGCACAGAUAGGGUGUCUAUUGCUUUUAACUUGCAGGGCAAAGACAGAGUAGAGAGAGGUAAACAAUAAGGAAAAAGCACAUAUUUUCCCCAUAUGACACUGCUGCUAAUUUGAAAUAAGAGAAUGCAGAGUAUAAUCCAAUUAGAUUUGGAGCAUUCAGAAACAGAAUCAGUGAAUGGUGACUAUGGAAAUGUGAAAACAGCAUUUGUAACUGCUACAAAAGUCAGAAGUGAAGAUAAAGCCAAAGCAAUUAGUGACUGAGGAGAAAUGGUUAUUUAAUAGGCAUGUAUCACUACUGCUACUAAUUGUUAAUGUUUUAUUUUUCAUUUUUAAUCUGACAAAAAAUUAUAUUAAAAAACAAAGCUGAAGUGUAGCAGAGCCAGACCCUUUAAGGUGACAGUCAGCAGUCACGGUGAAUCUUUUUCAUUUGGCAGCAACCUUUAAGGUCCAGAUAGCAGGUCAUUCCCUAAUGUUCCUUAAACUGCAGUGUACCAGUGUGAACCUGGUACAGCAAUUACUUUGACAAGACAGACUGUCUUUGUCUGUGCACAGAGGCCCCAGAAGAUAUUUAGCAAUUUAAAUAGUCAACAAAAGGUUAUUUCAGGGCCUGAACCCUCCUAUUAAACUGGUGUCUAAUGUAUAGACAGAUUUAGCAAGACUCUAAACAAAUAUUUUCUACUUUGGGUAAUAAAUAAGAGUAAGAGGGCAUGAGCAUUCUCCGUCAAAUACAGAAAAGUACGUGGACAAGUUCAGACUAUCAAACUUUGCAACUUGCCCAUCGUUAAUGAGAAGGUUAAUGUGCCAGGGCACUGAGUGAAUUCAAUUGAUUUGGACUGGAACUACCUAAACAAUAAACAUGAAAACUGUAAAAUGACAUGUAAAGAAAACUCAUGAAAACUUGUGGAAGCAUAAUUUGUUUCCAGAAAGACCACUCAGAUCAUCAGGAAAAAAAAUCAAUCUUCUAUCUUAAACAGUUGGAUAUAUUACAAAGGAUUCUUCAGAUUCACCUCUGUAUAAGAACAUGUGCAGUGAAGCCAACAGCAAAGACUCUCUUUAUAGAUAAUGGAUAUUAAAUACCACAGAAAUGAAAGUAAAAAUUAAUUAGACACUCUUCCUGAAUUCUAAAUCAUGGAGGUGGGAAUCUUAGAGUCUACAGUGCGUUAAGUGAACUUGUAUUUAGUGAUGAAUUCAGUCUAACGUCAUUUCCGAGAAAUUUUGGAAGUAAAAUUUUUGGCAUUCUGCGCUUGCACAAUACAUCUUCAAGUGUACGA